GCGCUCCUCUGACGUCAGCCACGUUAGAGCUCAGUAGUCCAAGAUGGCGGAGGUGAGCGGGUUGAGGAGCACAAAUCACUUCGAGCCCAACUGUAAAACCCGAACCGGAGACGAAGGCUUGAGAGGUGUCCAAGAUGUCCCUAUUGUUCGACGUAAGAAAAGGCCGCCUGUAGCCCAGCCUGAAGAUCUGGACGAUGUGUUUCUCCCCACCUCCAUGGCCUCAAGCUCCAGAAAAGACUCCGGCGUCGCCCCCGUGUCAGAUGGAGAGUUUCUGGAGGAAGAGCCUGCGGUCGAAGAAGAAAAGGCCCGGCCCAUCCAGAUUGUCCUGGCCAACGAGGAGGAGCACAGCUUCGAGCUGGACGCCGCUGCGCUGGAGAAGAUCCUGCUGCAGGACCACGUGAAGGACCUGAACGUGGUGGUCGUGUCUGUGGCCGGGGCCUUUCGCAAGGGCAAGUCCUUCCUGUUGGACUUCAUGCUGCGCUACAUGCACAAUCAGGAAAGUAAUUCAUGGAUCGGCGGUGAUGAUGAGCCCCUGACCGGCUUCGCCUGGAGGGGAGGCUGUGAGAGGGAGACCACAGGAAUUCAGGUCUGGAGCGAAGUGUUUGUGGUGGAUAAACCCGAUGGCAGCAAGGUGGCGGUUCUCCUCGUGGACACUCAGGGAGCGUUCGACAGCCAGUCCACCAUAAAGGACUGCGCCACUGUGUUUGCCCUCAGCACCAUGACCAGCUCCGUGCAGGUGUACAAUCUCUCUCAGAACAUACAGGAAGACGAUCUGCAGCAUCUACAGCUUUUCACUGAAUAUGGCCGCCUGGCAAUGGAAGAAAUCUACCUGAAGCCUUUUCAGUCCCUGAUGUUCCUCAUUCGAGACUGGAGUUACCCGUAUGAGCAUAACUAUGGACUGGAGGGAGGAAACGCCUUCCUGGAGAAAAGACUUCAGGUGAAACAGAACCAACACGAGGAGCUGCAGAAUGUGAGGAAGCACAUCCACUCCUGCUUCUCCAACAUCAGGUGCUUCCUGCUGCCACAUCCUGGCCUCAAGGUGGCCACCAACCCGUACUUCGAUGGCAGGCUGCGAGACAUUGAUGGGGAUUUCAGACACCAGCUUGCCAAGCUGGUGCCUCUCCUCUUGGCUCCAGAGAGGCUGGUGGAGAAGGAGAUCGGAGGCAACAAAGUCACCUGCAGAGAUCUUUUGGAGUACUUCAAGGCUUACAUAAAGAUCUACCAAGGCGAGGAACUUCCUCACCCAAAGUCCAUGCUGCAGGCAACAGCAGAGGCCAACAACUUGACCGCUGUAGCAGGAGCCAAAGACUUGUACAACAAAAAGAUGGAGCAGGUCUGUGGUGGAGACAAGCCAUACAUCGCCCCCGCCGACCUGGAGAGCUGCCACGAGGAGUGCCGCCAGCACUCGGUGCAUUACUUCCGCUCCGUGAAGAAAAUGGGCGGCGAGGAGUUCUGCCAGCGCUACCAGAACCAGCUGGAGUCGGAGCUCAACGAGGCCUUCGUCAACUUCUCCAAACACAACGACGGCAAAAACAUCUUCUACGCGGCGCGCACGCCCGCCACGCUCUUCGUGGUCAUGUUCGCCACCUACGUGGUCUCCGGCGUGACGGGCUUCAUCGGCCUCAGCACCUUGGCGGUUCUGGCCAACAUGGUGAUGGGCGUGGCGCUGCUGUCGCUCUGCGCCUGGGCCUAUGUGAAGUACUCUGGGGAGUUUCGGGAGGUGGGAACGCUGAUAGACCUGGUGGCUGAAACGCUGUGGGAGCAGGUUCUGAAGCCUCUCAGUGAACAAUAUAUGGAGGACAACGUCAGGCAGACGGUGGUGAACUCCAUCAGAGCCAGCUUGACAGAGCAGGGCUCGUCGCACACCAAGUUAAAGACUCACUGAUGCUCUUCCUGCCCCCCCCCCCCCCCCCCCCCCCCCCCCCCCCCCCCCCCCCCCCCCCGUCAUGUUCAUCUCCCACCCGUCCGUCCGCUCAGCCCUAGAACUGUGGAACUAGUUCAACACCAAAGCUUGUGUAAUUCCCCCCCCCCCCCACCAUCAUCACGCCGCUGCCCUGUGGAUCAUGUGAGGACUCGUCCCGCUCUCCAGCGCCCCCCAGUGCCUCCUGCCAGACACUGCACCAGAAGCCUGCGGCGUCGCCUCUUGCCAAAACCCGACGGCCUGAAGGAUCCUCCCCCGUGUGCCAAGCUGCGACACUUGCAUGCUGUGUCUGUAAUGCAUACUGAGGGCUCACACACACACACACACACACACACACACACACACACACACACACACACACACACACACUCACACACUCACUUUCCUGUGCAUACGUCGCCGGGAGCGGACUGCAUUUGCAGGACUGAGUCCAACUUCAGGGAAAACCCGACACCGCUUUGGGCAGCUGUGAACGUCUGAUGCAAUCCGAACUCUUCAGCGUGCUUCGAAUCCCUCGGUGUGAGAGUUUACUUUCUCCUCAGCCCGACGAAACGUUUCUCACAAGCACAAGUGACUCAUCAGCUGGAUAGUAAAGAGGCGACGGCCCCGCGCGGCUUCUCUCCUGCAUCGUCACUCAGUAUUUACUCAUGAAGGAAAGCUGGAACAGCAGUAAAAGCCUUCAGCUGUUUGUUUAGGGAAUCCAGUCAAAGCGGUUUGUAACAUUUGUAUCAUCGAACUCUGGGCUCAGGUCGCUUUGAGAACUUUAGUUGUACCUUUGUCGGACUGUUGUACGAGUUAAGAUCAGUAGAAAGCCUCGUUAGUCCCUCGCCGGUUCUUUAGGCAUUAUUCUGCAAUCCUGCGUGUUUCUGUCGGGCCUUCGGUGUCUGGUGCAGCCCGGCCUCCUGCAUGGUGUUUAAAGAGCCGCUGCUUUGUAUCAUGAAGCUUAGCGAGGAGCUUUUAUAGCGCAGUUAUGAGUCAGGCUGUUAAUUUUGGAGCGUUGAAGCCACGAUGGCUCAGACUGUUUGUCUGCGCUGCUUCAGGACCUACAUGUCGGAAGCUCCAGCUCAGACGUGGUGCGAGUCUUUCAGGUUUUCCUCCCCUUUAAUCUGUUUGAAGAUGGUGACCCGCCUUCCUGCCGAGGGGUCGAUCUCAUUGGUUGACAGCUGACGUGUAAGAUUUUGUUUUCUGUCCAGCGGUCACAGUUUAAAGUGUUGCUUGUCAGAGCUGGACCUUCCUUAAUGAGCCGAUUCCUCCACAGCGUGAGGCUGCACCACCUCUGUGUGUUUGUGUGUGUGUGUGUGUGUGUGUGUGUGUGUGUGUGUGUGUGUGUGUGUGUGUGUGUGUGUGUGUGUGUGUGUGUGUGUGUGUGUGUGUGUGUGUGUGUGUGUGUGUGUGUGUGUGUGUGUGUGUGUGUGUGUGUGUGUGUGUGUGUGUGUGUGUGUGUGUGUGUUUGUACGCGCAUCGACUCCAUCCAGCACCGGUCUCGUAUUCUGUACAGUCGCUCCUCCUGUGUUCCUAUGACAAAUCGGGCAUGUAUAUCGGAUUAAUUAUUUAAAUAAACUUUGUAUACAUUUUUUAGUGACUCGGUUGAUAAUGGCUGUUCGUGUUUCUCCUCAUGAUCAACUCACCCGUGUGCGGUUUGUUAAACGACGUUAAGUUGCUGCUGUAGGUUUACGUUUAGUCGGUCCUUUUCCCCGAGAGAACGGCCGUCGACAGGAUCACACGGUGUGAAUAUUUGGAUUCUGAUAGAAUUGUGACGAGUGGGCCGCAGACGAUGUUUGUCUGCCUUUUAAAGUUAUCACUGGUAAUUUAUUUUUGAAUAAAAUGUUUACCUCU